AAUGUUUAGGAUUUGCAACGUGUUUUUUGAAUCCUCUACCAGAAAGUUUGUGUUCACCACGUGGGGUUUGUGGCAUUGCACAAUGCACCGCGACCACAAUCAAAGGAAUACACACCCCUCAAUGUGCCUCGAACUGUCAUCAGAGACAACCAGUACUGUUAUUUUAUUUUAAGUAAUGUAAAAGCUAUUACACUAAUAAUAGUAAAUUACAGUAAUAAUUGAAUGUUUGAAAUACUUUAAAAAACAGGUUAAGAAUACAAUAUCUUUUCCUUUCUUUCUAUUGGCUAUAAUUUAAUUAUAGUUUCCUAAAUUUGAAAUUUUAAGUUCUGCGAAGAAAUUGGGCCUUCAACUUCCAUUCCAUCGGAAAUUAACUCUUUAUGGACGGGAUGGUCCUCUCCAAAAUGUAAUAAUACUUGUGGUAAAGGAUUUAUGGUAGCUAUUGCAUCGUGUCAAGAUCAAGCAACAGGAAAACCAGCCAUAGACUGCAUCGGUCCAGGAUCGUUUUGCUGUCCAGAUAGCUUCGUUAAAUGUUACUGCGAGGUAAACAUCGUCGAUGGAAUUAUGAGAGCGGUCAGGUUCACAGAACCUUGCAUUUCUACCGAAGGGUGUAUCUUAAGCAACACUGGAACAUUCACUUUCGAAGGAGAACUUGAUCCUGAUAAUAACAACAACUUGGACGAAUCUUAUGAGAAUGAUGCUCGUGAAAGAUUCGAAGACACGUUGUGUCCCUCGGAAUCAGCGCGAGCGAUACAGCGUAAUCUCUUAUAUGCCCAUGCUGCUGAUCGUGAGGAUGAAUACGUGUUACGCGAAAAUAGACUGGCAAAUAAAAACUUUAAACGCAACCGUGGAAAUCGGUCCGUUCUGAGAAGUCGAUUAGGCGAUGAUGCCGACUAUGCCAACCAAGACGAAGACGACGAUGACAAUGACAGCGACAAUGACGACGAUGACGAAGAAGGGAUCGAUAACAAGAGUGGCGUCGACGAUGAAAAGGGCGACGAGAAUGACGAAGACGAGGAGGACGAGGAGAACAGAGACGAGAUGAUUGGGCUCAAAGGCUCCGCGAAGGGUCGCCGGAGCCCCAGAAAGCAUAUUCGAGAGGCAAGGUUCGAUUAUGCGGCGAUUGCAUUCGAGGGUAAGCAAGAGAUCAACGAACCCGAGAGGAAGGGUUCUGUGAAGAUCAGAUCCGUUAUGGAGGACUGUGAGGAUGAAUCCACGGAACCACUGCAAUAUUAUGAUUAUGCAAUUCCAGCAUACUUUUAUAGUAUGACUUUUUGAAACCACGGAGUUUAGAAAAAAAGGUUAUAAAUGUGUUUAUAAAUUUAUUUAUAUAAUAGUCUUUAUGAAUUUUCUAUUUUCUUAGUUCUGAAAACGAUAUAAGAAAAAUUGUUUUCAUAUUAUCAAUGUCUUUAAUAUAAUACUGCCAAUGUUUUUGUACAAUUAUAAAAGAUCAUGUCAGUAUUUCUUUUAUAAAAGAAAUAUUCUCGUUUUUAGUAAUUUCCUACUAUAAAAAAUAUCUUUUAUCAAUUUACCACUAUUCAAAUAAUUACAAAUUUUUAUAAGCAUAUAUAUUUGUUGUAUGUUUCGAUCAAAAAUGCAUGAAAUCAAUAAUAUUUAGUAUUUUUUCCUUGUCUAUAAUAAUUUAUUAUUUUU